AUGGCAAGAGGGUCUGAAGAAGAGGGCGAAAACCCACGGGAGAUGAACGAGAAUAAAGUGCGGCGAAUUUAUAUCUGGAGAGCCGAGGUCAGACACGCUCGGAAAUUUUGUCAAUGCUCCAGACCCACCGGACUUCCUCCCAAGCCUCCGGGGAGUAGUGACAAGGGCAAAAAUGUAUUGCUCACUUCUACGUCGAGCACUGCCGUGGAGUCGGAUAAUCGACCAGAAUCAUCAUUACAACAGGCCGACGAACCUUCCACACCUUUUCCAAACUUUCCACCAGCCAUUCUGGAUCGCGACCCGUUCGAUGACGAACCAUUAUGUCCCGUUUGCUCGUUGCCGAUCGGUGAAGGUUUGCAGUUUGCGGAGCUUAGAGAGCAAGGCGAGGCGGGGCUCAUAAAUAAUAUGAUCAGCUCCCGAUCUGCACCUAGCCACCUUAAGAACAUGGCAGAAGUCCAUUCGGUAACACAACGGCUACGCAAGGGGCGCAGGGCACGGUUUAAGCGGCAAGUGUCGAGGCAUUUGAGACGCUUAAAGAUAGAAGCCGCUCAACACGCGGGAGAGGCGAAAGAAAAAGUGAAGAAACAAGCGAUGCGUGUUGUCCGACCGAUCCUGAAAUUAUUCGGGAAGAAAGAUCCUUUGCCGCCGCACAUCGUCCUCAUCGACCGCGGACUCCGGCCUCGUGCGACGGAAAUGUACAUGAGAUACAGGCCUGACUACGCCUCCCUAGGAGACACGGCUAAUGAUCUGUUGAGUGCCAUCGAUGAUGAUGAUAGUGCUCGUGGAAGACCUAAGCUGACUGUUGAUGAAACGGCAGAUCGUCUUCGUAGAGCCCAGCGGUUAUUGGACAGGAUGAAUAGGUCCACAACUUAA